CUGGUAACAAAGUUUGAUGGUGGUUGUUUUCUUAACUUCCAAUUGGAGACGGAACGUUUUAUUUUUGAUUAAUUAAUUCUGCUUACGCGUAGUAAUUUGUAUUUUAAAUUGCAUUUCAUUCAUAUAGGCUGCGUUUUCAUUUACUAAGUUCGUACAAGUUAUUUAUUGUUGGCUUCUUAGCUUUGAAAUAUUGUUUAAAAUGCUAAAGGUGUAAUCUUAAAAGUGUUUAAAAGAAAUUUAAAAAAAAUAAAAGAAUCUCUUAAGAAAACCAAACCCAGCUUAAUUAUCAUAUUUACACACAUACUAAAACAAAAUACAACAACUACCAUAAUAAAAAAUAAAGUAAAAAAAGAAUCACAUGAAAGCUUAAAUAAAAUAAAGUGUAAGAAAAAGAAUUAAGCAACAAAAAUAAUAAAAACAAGUUCGCCUUAGCCAACUUCUUUUGCUUUUGUGUGGUUUUUGUGUUUGACUCCAUUUGGCUAGAAAUAUGUUUUUUAACAUUUACGUCAUUAAACUUAUCAAUACUUAAAACCAGGCCCUCCACUACGAAACUAAGUUUAAAUUAAAGAUUUCAUUUCUUUAUACUACAACACGGCUUUAAUAUAAUUUAUAAACAUGGGUGAUUGCUGUCAGUCAUGUAUGGCGCGUAUACCUUAUGCCACCCUAAUAGCCACAUUAAUGUGUCUCUUAGGUGUGGGUAUAUUCUGUGGUACCAUGUAUCGUGGCGCUUCUUUAACCGUUAUUAUGGUAGAUCAAGUCUUUCAUUUGCGUUUAAUAUGGAUUGAAGCAGUGCAAAUGAUUUUUGUUACCAUUGCCGCUGCCAUGGCUGCUUUGGGUUUUAUGAUUUUAUUCGUUGGUUUUCUGGCAACUGGAGCGACUCGUUACAAGGUCUAUCGAGCAUGGCGUUCGCGUGUCGGUGGUCGUAUAUCGUGUGCAGUGCUAAUGGGUUUAACAUAUUUGCUUAACUUUGUUUGGACCCUGAUCUUGUGUUUUUUGGUUAUUUGCACUUUUAUUUAUACCAUGUUCUGGAAUAUGUGCUCAAGUGUGGAGAGCUCUUUAAGUUGUAUAGAUUUAACACAAUUUCAUUUCAUGUUUCCCGCCAACACCAAACCGGAAGAUAUGAAAAUAUGUGAAAAAUACGAAAUCAAAGCAUUCUGCAAAGAUGGUGUAGAAAAUGCUGAGGUAAUGUUCAUAUUAGCCACCCUAGCUACACUUCUCGUCAUCCUCAGUCUAGUGCACUAUCUAAUGUGUUUGUCCGCCAACUAUGCUCACAUACGAGAUCAUGAGAAAUUCCAGGAAUUACAAGAAAUACAAAAUCUCAAUGAACUAGAAUAUAGCGCAACAUCGAAAGAUCGUUUCUAGGACAUAUUUCAGAAGAUUCAUUUUGAGCUUAAAGAGAAGUAAGACGAUGACAUAAACUGAGAAGAAGAACAAUAACAAAAAUAUAAUGACAAAAUUUAUUAGAACUAUGUAAUAGUAGUUUUGUUUUAGUUAAUAUAAUUUUUGUUUUAAAAAUAGACUAAAAAGGAACAUCUUAAACAAACAUAUUAUUUCAUUGUUUUAUAUUUAGUUAGUUAUUAUUAUUAUAUAAUUUAGUUUAAGUUAAAAUUUAUUUAAUUAUUUCCAUUUUUUCAUUAAUUUUUAUAAAACAUUUUUAUUCUUUAGUUUUUAUAAAAGAGAGUUUUAAGUUUCCGCUUUGACGGACUUUUAACUUUGAAUCAAAACAUAUCAAUUUAUUUUUUUUUUUAUAAAACUUUCAGCUGUUUAUUUGUUUAUAUGAAUAAAAUGCCCUCCAAUUGUUUUUACUUUUCUCCGUCCUUAGAAAAUUUCUUUAAAGAAAAAUAAAAUUUUGCUUGAAUACAA